CCUGGAAGUGCACAGAGAGUAACGCUGGGAAGUAUUGACCUACUAACACAGAUCUCUACAGGAGCAGCAGGCUGUAGACUGGAGCAAGGGACCGAGCCUCUGCCGCACGUACACACUGCAUAGGAGGCGCUGCAUCCCGAGCCUCUUCAUUGAUCUUAUUACAUCUUAAUACCCAGCAGCCCCACUAUUUCUCCCUUUUGGCUGGAAAGUGGAUAAGUGCGAAGAAUUCAAUUCAGUCACCUGCCAGGAUACCUGCAAAUGAAGGUGGUGUAAAACGUCAGCACGCCUAUUAUGAAAAUGGCAACACGCUUGCUGCUUCAAACCCUAAAAGGAAAUAUAGAUGGCAAAUGUCAUUUGAUAUAAAUACCAGCUUCGUGUUAAUGUGGUCUGAGAAGCGCUGUGAAAUUGCAGGACCAUUCUAAUUCCACUUGGUACUGAUGCAGCUGAGAAAAAUGCCAACCAUUAAAAAAGAGCUGGAAUGUGCUGACGCACGAAAUAGCAUGGAAAACACCCUCAUUCUCAGUCCCAGUAUCUUGGACAUGUCCGAAUCUAUGGACUCCAGUAAUGACAUGUUGUACAAUGAUGCCGUUGGAGGGAAAAGCAAAAACUCGUCAUGUCGGAGGAAGCGGGAAUUUAUCCCAGACGAAAAGAAAGAUGCUAUGUACUGGGAAAAAAGAAGGAAAAACAACGAAGCUGCAAAAAGGUCUCGAGAAAAACGGAGACUGAACGACAUGGUUUUGGAAAACAAGUUAAUUGCCUUGGGGGAGGAAAAUGCCAACCUGAAGACAGAGCUGCUUUCAUUAAAACUUAAGUUUGGCUUGAUAAGCUCUGCGUCCUAUGCCCAAGAAAUUCAAAAGGUCACCAGCUCUACAGCUGUGUAUUUUCAGGAAUACACGUCUUCCAAAUCAAGCAUGAGGUCUUUUACCAGUGACCAUGAACAUUCUCUCAUGACUAGCAGCUGUAUUUCUGUUAUUAAGCACUCGCCGCAAAGCUCUCUGUCCGAUGCAACAGAGAUAGCAUCCGGGGAGCACGUUCAGCAAAACCCCAUUCAAAGCAACUGCAGAACACCUGACCUUAAGUUGCAAAGGAUAAAGCAGGAACCGGUGGAAAUAGAUAACUUUGUCCGUGAACCAAGGGACAGAAGUUCCUCCUACUCAACAUCUAUAUAUCAGAACUUUAUUGGAAACACAUUUCCAGGAUACUCACACUCUCCUCCCCUGCUGCAAAUUAAUAGCUCAUCCAGUAACUCUCCAAGAACAUCAGAAACUGAUGAUUGUACAGUAGGAAAAACCUCUGAUGGGGAAGAUGAACAGCAGGUUCCAAAAGGUCCCAUCCAUUCCCCCGUUGAACUUAAAAAUGGUCAUACAACAGUUAUAAAGGUUCCAGAGGUCAACUCGUCUGCACUGCCCCACAAGUUACGAAUUAAAGCCAAGGCUAUGCAGAUCAAAGUAGAAACACUGGAUACGGACAUAGAUCCCACUCAGAAACUGCCUCUGCCCAUUGACAUGUCAUCAAAAAGGCAUUUGCAGCUUGACAAACACAGCACUGAAGCCGUGGUUCAUCCAUCUCUGUCCCCUUUAUCUGUUCAAGUGACUAAUAUCCACAAUUGGCCAAUAAAGCCAGGGCAGUGGCAUCACAAGGAACUUGACCAAAUUCCAAAUGUUUGCAAAACUGCUGGGAUUGUUGAAAUCAAAGACAAUGUGUACAAAGACUCUGACUCAGAGAACGUGUAUCUUAAGCAAGGUAUUGCAAAUUUAUCUGCUGAAGUUGCCUCAUUGAAGAGACUGAUAGUUACCCAAGAAAUCUGUGCUUCAGAUUCUAGCUAAAUGACUACUGAAAUGAAAUCCAUGCUUAUUGUGAAGGGUGUAGUUUGCAGUAAAUUGGUAUGUUUUGUAUAAUGCUACAUUUUCACUGGACUUGUGACGUCAUUUCACUGUACGGUUUGUGUAAUGAUGUCUGGUUAAUAUUGUCUUUUUCGUGCACACUGAUGCUGAUACGGAAGACUAGACUGUGUUAUGAUCAUUUUGCCUUGUGUACAGUUAGAUAGCCAAUUCAAGGUUGUAAAUAUCUCAAACAUUAUUUUUUGCUGGUCUGUUAAAAAAAAUGUGCAAGUUACCAGUUAUAAUAAAGUAUUGUUGACAAA